AAUCCUCUCUCUGUGUCUCUCCUUUCUUUAUUAUAGGAGGAAAAAAACAAUAUUUUGUUUUAUAAAAUGGAGAUUCACAAAGUUAAUGAUACUCACGUCCCCCACAACAAUCCUCAGACCCUUUCUUCAAUCCAACUCCACCGUCUCAAUCUCUCUCACUGAAACCUUCUCUCACCCCACAAAAAUCAAAUCUUUGUUUUCUCUGGACUGUUUCUUUUUAAUUUUUUUUAAUUUCUCGAGAAUACGUUGUUUUCAUUGCCAGCCAUGACCGAGGUCCUCCACUCUCCUUCCCAUUUUCCUUCGUCUCCAAGCACCACUUCGUCUUCCACCACUUCUUCUUCCUUGACCUGUAUACCCCCGCAGUCCCCUUCUUGUUCUCUUCUUGCAGAUGGUGAGGGUUCUACGGUGACUGUCUGUGACCCAGAAGGGGUCGAGGACACGGAGAGGCAGAGCAGAGAUCAGCUUUCUUUGUUGGCUCUUCUUGUGACCAUCUUUAGGAAAUCUUUGGCGGCUUGCAAGAGUGAUAGGAGGGAGCUUUGUGCCAUGGAGAUCGGGUGGCCGACGAAUGUGCGUCAUGUGGCGCAUGUUACCUUUGAUAGGUUCAAUGGCUUCCUGGGGUUACCUGUGGAGUUUGAGCCUGAAGUGCCCAGAAGGGCUCCCAGUGCAAGUGCUACUGUUUUUGGAGUUUCCACAGAAUCCAUGCAGCUGUCAUAUGACUCCAGAGGGAAUAGUGUGCCAACAAUACUCUUGCUAAUGCAAAAUCGUUUGUAUGCUCAAAGAGGUUUGCAGGCAGAAGGGAUAUUCAGAAUUAACGCAGGGAACAGCCAGGAGGAGUAUGUUAGGGACGAACUAAAUAGGGGUUUGGUGCCAGAUGGCAUUGAUGUGCACUGUUUGGCAGGACUUAUCAAGGCAUGGUUCAGGGAACUCCCAACUGGGGUUCUGGACUCUUUAUCCCCAGAACAGGUAAUGCAAUGUCAAACUGAGGAAGAUUGUGCUGAGCUUGUGAGACUCCUACCCCCAACAGAAGCUGCUCUACUGGAUUGGGCCAUCAACCUGAUGGCUGAUGUUGUCCAGCAAGAACAUUUAAACAAGAUGAAUGCACGCAACAUCGCCAUGGUUUUUGCACCAAACAUGACUCAGAUGGCAGACCCCUUAACUGCGUUGAUGUAUGCAGUCCAAGUGAUGAACUUCCUCAAGACACUUAUCUUAAGGACACUGGAAGCAAGACAAGAUUCCAUAAUUGAUCCAACUCCUGCUUGCCAUGUAGAUCCAAAUAAUGAGAAUGGAGACGAGAGCCCUUCACAGUCCUGCAUGGAAGAUGCAGAAAAAGCCAAUGAAGAGGUGGAUCAAGCCUUCAUUGUCAAAGAGUCUAUGUUGGAAAGUUCCUCCAACUCUUGUGAGAACACUCAGAUUACUGAUGUAGAAGACCCUAGCCCUCUGACUGCUGUUGAGAAGCAGAGUGGUGAUGGGAAUUGCCCCUAUCAGACUCCGGCUAAUGCUGAGAUGUUCACUAAUGAAGUUGAGGUGGGUGGAGUUGACUUUCUUAAGGUUGCUGUUCAAAUAAACUGUGGGAAAAACAACAUUGGACAAUCGAGCACUACAGACUUCAAUAAGGGCACUGGAAAAAUGAACCUGCAGCAGUCUCUUCUUCAGGUAUCAGCACCUGUUGAGAAAACUCGUGGAAUCAGCACUUUGACCCGUAUACAUUCAAGGACCGAGCACAUUGAAGCAUGGCGGUGAAGUAUGCUCAACAGAUUUUCUGACAAAGUUCUGUAUAAGUUAACUUUGUUACGCUUCAAACUUGCGAGGAGGAAAAGUUUGUGAAACUUGUGUUUUCUGCGUGCUGCAUUGUUUGGUCACCUUGUUCCUUAUCCCACGGUGAUGAAUUGUGAUAUGCGGCUGACAUUUGAAAGGCAGCAACCCAUGACUGAUUAUGCCUCCAUUUGUGUUUUUCUUGUUUUCAUUUGCAUUAUCAUUUGCUAAUAAUUCUGAUUCUUAAUGCAUGUCUUGCCCCACGCUGCUUAGCCAGCAGCAUUGGCUUUAAGCA